AUGACACCUCAGCCAAGAAAGCCGCGUUCUGCUGGUCCAAAGCUGUUCCAAUGCUCAGGAUAUGGCAGCUGCAGCAUGACCUUUUCUCGAUCCGAACAUUUGGCCAGGCACACCAGAAAGCACACUGGAGAAAAACCUUUCAAAUGCGUCGUGCCGGAAUGUACUCGCAAGUUCAGUCGCUUCGAUAAUAUGAUGCAGCACACACAAACACACGGUGUCUACCGCACCCAGACAUUUUCAGAAGAUGGGAAACCUUUUUCAGGCACAGAGUCAGGCACACGCGGGUCCAGCACAAACAAGCGCCACCCAGACCUGUGUGUGGACCCAAUAUCGUAUGAUCAAUCUCCCGGUGGCGGCAAUAACGGGCUCGUGUCGCCCGUCUCUCUGGGGUCGCCAUACUCUGAAAGAGAAAGACCAUUCUGUUCAAUCGACUCUACCAUAUCUACAUCAAUGCCGCCUUUAUCACAACCUCAACCUCAACAACAACAACAACAACAAUUAUCAUCGUCAUCAUUAUUACUAGUAUCGUCACCGCCAUCAUCGUCACCCUCAUCAUAUUCAUAUUCAUAUUCAUACUCUACCUCCAACUCUGCAUUCUCCUCCGCCUCUUCUACAUCUUCUUCGUCUGAUGAAGAUGAUGAAACCACGAGCCCUCAAACCAAUAACAACAACAACAAAAAGGACAAUAAUAAUAAUAUUCAGCGAAGAAUGUCUGUAGCAGAUCUGUGCAACCCCGGCGCAACUCCUGUCUCCGAGUUCAAGACCAUUCAUCUGACUAUGGAUGAGUUCGAGGCUCUUCAGGGUUUUGGCCGCUUCCGUUACACCCCCGUAUACUACGAUUCCCUUCGCGAUCUGGCCUCAAUGGCUAUGAUCGAACCAACUCCCGCACGAAAGAAAUAA